AUGGGUCCGGAGGUGCACGACAAUAGGUUGGCACAAGCAUUUUGCAAGACGCUAUUUGGCCUCUUGAAGGGCGAUGUAAAGGACAUGGAUAUGGCUGUUUUUGGGGCGGAUGGCUAUAACUUUGUGGGGUUUCUCGUUGUGCGAGUAGCCUUGGUCAAGUACAAACCGCUCUAG